AUGCCACUGGCCGCCGCCGGCUCGGUGGCCAUCUACUGCGGGGACGGAGCGUUCGGCUGGACGGUGGCCGGCCGGCUGCUGGUCAACACCGCCCUGGGAGCCGGUGACGGCCAGGCGCGCGCCUAUGUGGCUGAAGUAGCGGCGCCGGCGCAGCGCGCGGUACUCUCCACAGCUGUGGGGCUGCUGCUGUUCGUGGGUCAGCUGGUGGGCCUGGCACUGGCCUCGGUCUGGCGCUGGCCGCUGCAGCAGCUGGUCUGCACCUGCGCGCCGGCCGCGCUGGGCGCGCUCGGCCUGCUACUAUUGCCCGACACCGCACAGUGGUUGAUGGCCCGCGGCCGAGACGAGAAGCUGGCCGCCGACGCGCUGGAUUUCUACCGUGGGCGAGAAUUUGACACCUCCAGUGAGAUCGACAACAUCCGAGCCUCUGUGGAGGAGGCGGGCGCGCCGCUGGGCCGCACCGCCGUCGGCUGCGCCACCAUCGCCGCUGGGGACCUGCUGGGCGCUGAACACGCGGCCAGCGGCUGGCUGGCGCUGGGCGGCGCGCUGGUCUGUCUGCUGCCCUACAGCACGCUGCUCACCGCCAUCACAUUCAACUACCUGGGCGAGCUGCUGCCGAACAGCGUGCGCUCCCUGGCCGUUAGCCUGGUGAUGGGAUGGUUCGGCCUUCUGGUCUUCGUCUCGCUACAGCUGUAUGAACCGCUGCUCGGUGCCAUCAGCGUGGGAGGGGUGUUUCUGGUUCACGCGGCAAUCAGUCUCCUGCAGGUCCUGUAUGCCUCCACCCUGCUGCCAGAGACUCACGGCCUCACCCUCGAGCAGAUUCAGCAGCGCUUCUUCGACACUAAACCCCAGACGGCGCCCGUCGAGCUGGAAACGGCGAACGGCGACCGGGCGUCGCCGGAAAGGGACUCCUCUGGCGGAGCUUAG